AUGUCAUAUUCAUUCAGCAGAGACAGAACAGCUGAAUUGAGAGGCUCUGCACAACUCAACAGCAAUAACUAUAACAAUCAAAAUGACGAAGAAGACGGGUUUGGGCCUAACAGAAGGCCCAUGGGCACAUCGAAUCCGUAUCUACAGCAGCCGCCUGCUCCACCUCAGCCAGCUGAAUUACCUCCGCAACAGAGAUCUCAUGAUUGGGGAUACUUACCAGAUCAGCAUAAUUCAGAAAGAGAAUUAUACGAGAUGAGAAAUCAACAGCAGCAACAGCAGCAACAAAAGGCAGCCUUGGCUGUCAGCGAUUUAUCAACAACGUCUGGGUUCUUUGAUCAGAUUGACAGAUUAAAGUACGAUAUUGACGCUAUCAAUACUCGAGUUGAUCAGAUUGGAAACCUACAUAACAAUGCACUUGCCAGCUUUAAUGAGCAGCAAUCGAAGCAAACAGCAAGAGAACUGGAGAAGAUAAAGACAGACACACAGCAAAAGAAUACAAUGAUCAAAACCCAGAUCCAAGAACUCGAAAAUUCGAAUGGCAGACUGCCAAACAAUCCAGACACCCAAAUGCGUCGCUCCCAGACUGCGGCAUUAAAGAAGAGGUUCUUGGACACAAUUCAACGUUAUCAGGAUGUUGAGAGAAAUUACCAGUUGAAAUAUCGCCAGCGUAUUGAGCGUCAAAUCAGAAUUGUUAAACCUGAUGCUAGCCAAGAUGAAGUGGACGACAUUAUUGAUUCAGAUGAUACACCUCAAGUGUUUGCUCAGUCUCUGAUGAACGCCAGUCGACAAGGACAAUCAAAAGCAGUGUUAUCAGAAGUCCAGACAAGACAUGAUGAUAUCAAGCACAUUGAAAAGACCAUCGUUGAAUUGCAUCAAUUGUUCAUGGAUAUGCAAAUGAUGGUAGAGCAGCAAGGCGAAGUGCUGAAUACAGUGGAACAGAAUGCAGAUGAGACGGCCGUAAACUUGAAAGAGGGAAAUUCACACCUAACAAGGGCUAUUGCAAUCGCAAAAUCAACUCGUGCUAAAAAAUGGUGCUGUUUAUUCCUGUGCAUCGGUAUCUGUGUCAUGAUUGGUAUUCUAGUGUGGUGGUUCGCAUUUGGCCAUGUGGGUGUAGGCGGCAGUAGUAGCACUGAAAGCAGCAACACAAACAGCACAGCUACUUAA